AUGGCGUCGCCUCCACCGCCGGCUCCCGCCGCCGCGGCCGCCCACAGCGUGUUCGUCUACGGCACCCUGAUGGCGGAGGAGGUCGUGCGCGUCCUCCUCGGCCGCGUCCCGCCGUCCUCCCCCGCGCUCCUCCCCAACCAGUACGUGCGCCCCCAGAGGCUCAGCAUCAGGGGCCGCGUCUACCCGGCGAUCCUGCCCGUCGACGGCAGCAAAGUCCCCGGGAAGGUUUGGAAGGGGAUCACUGACAGGGAGCUCGAUGUGCUGGACAUCUUUGAGGAUGAGCAGUAUGUCAGGGAAACUGUUGGUAUCUCGCUGACCGAUUCAGCGGACACAAUGAUCGCCUAUACAUACAUAUGGGGGAAUGUGGAUGAUCCUGACCUCUAUGGUGAAUGGGAUUUUGAUGAAUGGAAGAAAGUGCAUCUGAAGGACUAUUUCACAAUGACACAAGAUUUCAAGGAGGAACUGGAACAGCUUGAAUCUGAGACACAUGAUUGA